AUGCUGCUGAAGGUGUCCAGAGUCUGGAUUUAUCUGCUUCUUCAGUUUCUCAUAGCUGUCUCUUUGUGUCAUUUGAAAAAUGUGCCUGCUGGUUCCCAACACAGCUUCAAAAAUGGUCUCUUCAACUUUUAUCAUUCCCUGAUUCUUGCAGAUGGCAAAGAAACAACAAUCCACUUGUUGAAGGACAUACCUAAAAGGUACUAUUUCAUUCUGAGGGAAGACAGAGCCCCUAUUCCUUUCACAGUGACUGUGACUCCCUGUGAUGUUCCCAUUGAAUGGAGCAUACUGGUACACAAAACUUCAACAAAUUUCCUUGGGAAAACAGCACAUGGUAAUUAUGACACUCAAGACAUCUCAAAAUUUCAAAAGAUCCCAAACUCAGUGUCCACUAUCUUUAAUUAUAAAGGAAAUUCUGUGGAAACUUAUGUGGGUGUGCCUUCUUUUUCUGCCAUCUACCUGAUAGAGUUCCUAUCAACUGAGAGAGAUACACACAUUACAGUGUACUUAACAUCUGACAUAACAUCUGGGCAUCUUUACCCAGAACUCCCAAUGGAUCCACGUAUAGAUGUGGUUGGUGUUGGACAUACAAUUGUGACUCUAGCUUGGAAACAUAGCCCAUCAGUACUGCAGCAUAAAGAAAACAUCCAGUACUGUCUUCUACUUAAUGAAAAGCACAACUACAAGAGCUUAUGUGCGGCAGAGACAGCUAUCAGAUCAUCUGGGAUAAAAUUGCCACCAACAUUAGCUCUGUCUCUCUCUCCAGAUCUUCUAGAUCCUCAACAGGUAAUGAUACUGUCCAAGCAAGAAUUAAGUGUCAUCAACAAGCUCAAUAAUGGGCAAGUCAGGCAGAUAUGCAUGGGCACCAUGAACCACCAUACAGUGACCAACCUUAGUCCCAGCACACAGUAUUACUUUGAUAUUUUUGUGGUCAACCUCCUCACCAAUGCCAGUGCUGCCUACACUGGAACAUUUGCAAGAACACUUGAGGAACCUGAUCCUAAAGUUACUGAGCUGAAGGAUGGGAAGAUAAUUCACCUCACCCUGGACAAAAAAACCUGGAAGUUCUACAAUUUGCAAUAUCAAGCUAGACACAAGAGAGUCCAAUUUACCUUUCAGUCUUGUAGUGGCCAAAUAUCGGUUCAGAUAACAAGGAACCAUAAAAUAGUGGCAUCAGAAAACUUUGCAGGCCUGAAACUUUUUUCACUGAAAGGAAAACUAAUGGACACAUAUUUGGUACAAGUGCGGUCAGUGGAACAGUCUAAUACCUCUGUGAAAGUUCAAGUAUCCUCUCACUUCUAUAAGCCCUUAUUCUCAGAUCUUCCAGACAGUUUAAAAAUCAAGUCCUUUAGUAAGCUGAGGACCUGCAAUUCUGUUACCAUUGCCUGGCUGGGAACACAAGAGCAGAGCAAGUACUGUGUGUACAAGAAAAGGAUUGAAGAGGAUCAAGUCUGGACAGAGGUGAGGAGUACAGACAGGUGCUCAGGACCAGAAUCCAGGAACAAAUAUGAGGAAGUGCUGUGCAAAUAUUUCUAUGACAGAAAUCUACAAAGAGCAGUUACCACAGAGACCAUCAAAGGGCUGGAUGCAGGGACUCAUUACUUGUUUGAUGUUUACCUAUUUGGACCUUCUGGGAUUCCAGUUAAGUAUCACAGUAGAGUGGUGAAAACUAGGAAAAAAUGUUGAGGGUCCUUCAAGAAAUGUGUGGUAGAUGAAUGCAGAG